AAUAACAUCGCCAGUAGUGAUAGUUCCCACAUAGCAGCGAAAUAGGAGUGCUAGUCUAGUUACCAACCCUUAUAAAAAGUAUACUUUUAGAUAUUAAUUCUCAGGUAGAGUCAUAGAGAGGCAGGACAUGAGAGAUAACAGCGCCACGGAAGGAUAAACACCACAGUGACGUCACUUUAUUCAUUGUUUUCCUAGAAUUUGGUUAAUGUUAGUGAAGUCUCGUGACCUGUUACGUCUGGCUCCAGAGUAGAGAUCGAGGAAUAGUGAGUGUAGACGUAGAAUAGUAUAGCACCUUAACCUCAAGACAAUGGCUGGCUCUGCUGCUGCACCAACAUCCUUAGUAGAGAUCACUGUCUCAUGCAG